AAUUGCGGCCAACUUCAUCGUGAUCUGUCAUAUUGAUUGUGUGGUGUUGGGAGAGGAAAGAUGGUGUUAAAUUUUCAGUGAAAAUAAGUGGGAAAAGUGCAGAAGAUGCCUGAAAAUCGCCGCGAGUGAGUAGCCGAAGAGUGUGGUGUGCAAUUUAGGCAGCGACUGGCAAUUUCCCGCGCGAGCGCGAGUGGUUUUGGGCGUGCUGAAAGUUGGGGAGUGAGACACGGCCAUCAAGAUGGGUGACUGGGAGCCCCUUGCGGAAAUCUACCUUUCACACCCUCUCGCAAAGGACAAGGAAAACUACACCUUCUGCCUCUGCAGUCGCGUCUUCAUCAAAAAUUACCAGGAAUUCGGAUCGACGCUGGACAAGGAGGAAGUCAGCGAGGGCGACGAUGUCUUCAAUGAGGAUCUCAAUGCUCACGUGCACUUCUCCCAGGACACGCCCAAGUCCAGCACGAAGAACAGCCAGGACGACCAGGACGCGGACGCCAAUUCCUGCUAUCACAGCGCCAGCGCCUCCCACACGGACAACUACUGCAGCACGGAUGAGCACGAGCACGUCCUGACCACGGCCAACGUGGGCCUGCACUCGUCCGACAGCGGCGCCGACCUGUCCGAGUACUACUUCGAGCGCAUCAAGUCCACGCCGCGCACCACAGAGACCAUCCCCAUCCAGAAGACGACGCCCCACGAGCCGGAGGCGGCGCAGAGCGAGCGCAGCUCGCUGCCGGACGUGUUCGGCACGGAGGAGCUGAACGACUCGUGGGAGAAGUUCUGGGCGGCCAACGGGGAGCGCCUGAUCUGGGCGUCGUGGAUUGAGAAGUACAGCGACUACAUCAAUCCCGAGUACAAGGACAUCAUGCUGCCCAACCCGGACGAGGCGGGCAAGUUCGCCUUCGAUCGCAUGGAGGACGAGGAGGAGAUCGGCAACGUCACCGGCACGCAGAUCGUCAUAUCAGCCUGCUCGCAGGCCACGGACGAGCCGGAGGGCGGCUCGCGCCAGAUGGAGGAGGGCUGGAAUCCGCUGUCGCCCACGAGCGUCGACGACACGUGGAACACGUACAGGGCCACGGACAAGGAGGCGGACAACCUGCUCAGUCCGCGCUGCGAGAGCGUCACUUCCAGCAUCCCGCUGACCGUCGGCACCACGGACUCCAUGACCAACGUCACGCGGAUGACCAUCUCCAGCUACGACUUCUGCAGCAGCCGCGUCAGCUCCGAGAGCUCGCGGCAAUCCGACGGCGCCAGCUCGCCGGGCGACGACAGCGACGCCGUGUCCUCCGAGACGUCCUCGUCGCAGUUCUACGACACGGCCAUCGACCGCGGGGACAAAUCCCAGGUCACUGACGACUCGACGAUGGACGUGGACAGCUACUGGCAGAUCCUGUGGCAGAAGCACUUCCAGGAGCAGUACGCCAAGCACUACAAUCUCUUCAUGGAGGAGAAGCGCGGCGAGGAGGAGAAGUCCCACCGUUGGAAUCUCAGUUGCAGUUUGUCGGCUGAGAAGCGGCACUUUCGCCAGGGCGAAGACGCCGCGGCGGCGCAGCCGAAGAUGGGGAAGCGGAAGCGCGGCAAGCGCCAGGAGCACGAGAAUCUGCCGGGCUUGGUGGCGAAUCUGAAGAUCAACCGGGCGACGGGAGGCGAGGAAGCGGGCUGCUCGAGUGGCGCCGCCGCCGCCGCUGAGGCUGCUUCGUCCAGUGACAUGGCGGCCAUGGGAUUGCCGACGGCGUUUGGCAAGGCGAAGGCGGCGCGCGGCGGCGGCGCGGGCGAUGGCAAGAAGCCGCCGAAUGAGCGCAGCACGAAUCUGAAGCGCAGCCACGAGAGUGAUCCGGAGGAGUCGAAUGUGGAUCGCAUCAAGGCCGCCUUCAGUCUCAUGGGCUACGCUUUCGAGGACACGCAGAGCAAUCCGGACAGCGCGGGCAACAUCAACAUGAACGGCGAGGUGGUUUAUCGCAAGAAGCACAUCAGGCUGCACAACAGGGCGCUGAAGAUGAAGAUGACAAUGCGUCCGAAGCACAUCUACUUCGACGACGAGGGCAAUCAGGUGCCCAGCGUCACGCAGCAUCCGCCGGAGGCGCCCGUGACGCUGCACUCGUCCUCGGACGACGAUUCCCACACGGCCGCCAUCAUUCCGCCGCGCCAGAUGCCCGCCGCGGCGACGGUGAAGAGCACGGAGUCCCCGGACGAGCCGGAGCAGCGCAUGGAGCCGGACGCCGAGGCGCCGGCGAAGAAGGAGAAGAAGAAGAAGCGCAAGAGCAAGAUUGCCGCCGGACUGCCGGCGGAGAUUAUCAACGACAAGUCGCUGCUCAAGUACUGGUUCAAGCGCUUCUCGCUCUUCUCGCAGUUCGACAUGGGCGUCAAGAUGGACAGAGAGAGUUGGUUCUCAGUGACGCCGGAGAAAGUCGCGGCGCACAUCGCCGAGCGCUGUCGCUGCGAUCUGAUUGUGGACGGCUUCUGUGGCGUCGGCGGAAACACCAUUCAAUUCGCCAUGACAUGCUUGAAAGUGAUUGCGAUUGAUAUUGAUCCCAAGAAGAUUGAGAUGGCGAAGCACAAUGCGACGGUUUAUGGCGUUCGGGAUCGCAUUGAGUUCAUCGUGGGAGAUUUCACCAAUCUGGCGGACACUCUGAAGGCAGACGUGGUGUUCCUGAGUCCUCCUUGGGGAGGUCCAGAGUAUUCCAAGGAGGAAACUUACGAUCUCGAGAAGUCUCUCAUUCCGUUAUCAGCAACAGAAUUGUUUGCCAAGAGCCAGAAAAUCACUGAGAACAUCGCAAUGUUCCUGCCCAGGAAUUCCAACACUCAGCAGCUUUCCGUUCUCGCUGGCCCUGGAGGAGCCGUGGAAAUUGAGCAGAAUUUCCUGGAUCGCAAAUUCAUUGCACUGACUGCAUAUUAUGGAGAACUUAUAAACGAAUAGAGAAAGAGGAAGAAGAAGGAGAGGAACAUUCAAAGACACAAUUUUGCGUUAAUAAGUUAUAUAAAGAAAAGGUGAAGAAAUGAAUAGGAAAAAUGUCUUAUUUUCCGACAAAAGCUAGAUGAAUUUUUUGAGGAAUCCACAGGAUUAUCGAGCAUUCAACGGAGUUGUGAAUCGAUAUCAAUCCCCUUAUUUCUUACAUGUUGUCAAAGGAUUUUAUGUAAAUUUUAUUUAAUAAAUUUCUUACAAUUUUUUGCGAGAGAAAA